AACCAUACAAGAACCAGACAGCCGCACACCCACAACCUCAAAUCGGCAACGCUUCUUCUCAUCCAAUCCAACUCGUCGGCGCCGCUCUCUAAUUUCGUCUCUUUCAAUCCAUCCUCUAAUCGGUGGCUCACUUAUAACCAAUCCAACUCGGUGGCGCUUCAACUCUUCCCGUACGACUUGACGACACUUCUUUUCUGCCAUUCUAAAUCGGCGAAACCACCCACAAUCUUCAGGCUUACAAACAAAUGUUUUAAUAAGUGCGUUGAGAAAAGGUACAAGGAGUCUGAACUAAAUAUGGGUGAAAAUAGUUGCAUUGAUCGCUGCGUAUCAAAAUAUUGGCAUGUGACUAAUCUAAUCGGCCAGCUGCUAGGUUCAGGUCGGCCCCCAAUGUGAAAUUAAGGCUAUUUUGAAAUUUGCUCUACAUUAGUUACGUGUUUACCUGGCUGGUUGCCAAAGGUUGAUACUGGAAUGAUUUUUGUUUGUACCAAACUCAAUGAGGUGGUUCCAUUUUGUUUUUUAAAAAAAAAGUAUUGGCGGCAAUUUGAAUUUAUGCUGCUCCUAGAUUUAAGUCAUAAAAUUGUUAGCUCUUCAUAAAUGAAAUAUUAUUCUUGGAAAAAUCAUCAGUAUUUGUGAUGAUUCUA